CAUAUUGUUCCAUUUUCUUUAUCUUCUUCCCGUCGAAACCCUAGCUCCCAAAAUCUCCCAUCUUAAGCCCUAGCCUUCCGAUUCUCCAUUGUCUGCGCAAAUGGUUCAGCAGACAAAUCCAUCCAAAUUGCGUUGGGGGGAGCUAGAAGACGACGAUGGGGAUCUUGAUUUUCUCCUUCCGCCGAAGCAAAUUAUCGGGCCAGACGAAAAUGGAUUGAAGAAGAUUGUUGAGUAUCAGUUUAACGAAGAUGGUAAUAAGGUCAGAAUCACUACCACCACUCGUACACGCAAGCUCGCCCAUGCUCGCCUUAGUAAACAUGCCGUCGAGCGCCGAUCUUGGGCCAAGUUCGGCGAUGCUGUCCAUGAAGAUGUCGGCAGUAGGCUUACUAUGGUCUCCACUGAGGAGAUUCUUCUCGAGCGCCCUCGUGCUCCUGGUAGCAAACCAGACGAGCCAAAGGUUGCUGGAGAUCCCCUAGCUCAACUUGGUAAAGGUGGAGCUGUUCUUAUGGUCUGUCGAACUUGUGGUAAAAAGGGUGACCACUGGACCUCAAGGUGUCCUUACAAAGACCUGGCAACACAAGCUGAUGGGUUGGAUAAGCCUGUUGCACCAGAGGCUGCAACUGCUGCUCCUGGUGCAACGAAGGGAGCGUAUGUUCCUCCAGGUAUGAGAGCAGGGGCAGAGAGGACUGGAACUGACAUGAGACGUAGGAAUGAUGAGAACUCUGUUCGUGUCACCAACCUUUCGGAGGACACUCGAGAGCCUGACUUGCACGAACUCUUCCGACCAUUUGGUGCUGUUAGCCGAGUUUAUGUUGCUGUUGAUCAAAAGACUGGCAUGAGCAGAGGUUUUGGUUUCGUUAAUUUUGUGAAUCGCGAGGAUGCACAAAGAUCAAUUAACAAGCUCAAUGGAUAUGGUUAUGAUAAUCUCAUCCUUAGAGUUGAAUGGGCCACUCCAAGGGCGACUUAAAGGUAGGAACUCUCUCUCAAACUGUCUUGUAAUUUGCUUACUCCUGUUGUUGGAGUUUUCUUUCCCACAUUUUGAUAAUGCCUUUUUGAGAAUCUUUAAGUCCAAAAAAUUACUCAAUGUGUACUUGAUACUAUUGUUUUACAUGCAGUAGAAUUAAUCAGAUGUCUUUGAGUUUACUUGUUU